AUGGCCGAUGGGACCUUGUCAACCUCUGAGCAUCCAAAGGAAGGAGAUCCCCUCUUAGCACCAAGCGUGCAUUACUUGGAGACCGGGUUCUGCGAGGAGCUCGAAGCCGCUGGCUUCAGCCGCGCCUCGCGCAUCUGUGAACUUGAACAGCACGUGGUCCGUGCCAAGGGGGCCCAGGUGCUGUGCCCCAGGGAUGGUCGUUUGGGGGCUGCCUUUGUGGACACAUUGACCGGCUCCGACAAUGUUGGGCAUGCUACGCACAUGCUCUCCUACACUUGGCAGUACACGGUGGACAGCAUCAUUGGAUCCUUGAGUGCCUUCUGUCAACGGAAGAGCCUGAUUCCCGAGCAGACCUAUGUAUGGAUGUGCUUUAUGGGAGUGAACCAGCAUAGGAUCCAGGAGUCGAGACUUGCUGGCUCCGAUGUUCCGUUCGAACAGCUCGCUGCCACUUUUGGGGGUCGUGUGAGGAGCAUAGGUAAGGUGAUAGCGCUGAUGGAGCCGUGGAGAGCGCCCCGAUAUUGCCAUAGAGCUUGGUGUGUCUUCGAGCUCCAUACUGCUUCGGAGCAGCCCGACUGCACCCUAGAGAUCGUCAUGCCUCCUGCAGAGGCAGAAAGCUAUGCCCGGGCAAUUUUCGAAGGCUCCGGUUUGCAGGAGCAGUGGCGGACCCUUGCCCAGACGCAGUUGCAGAAGGCGCAGGCCUCCGUCACCGAGGAUCGGGAUAUGAUCCUCCGCCUCGUGGAGCACAGCCCAGGAUUCUCCGAGCUAAAUCGCAGCGUGGUCCACAAGCUUCAGAGCUGGUUUGCAGACGUUGCCCAUGAGCAGAUCCAGAGGCAGAUGGAAAGCACCAGCUCAGCCGAGCUGGCAAAAGGUUGCCUUCAGGUGGCGGAGCUCUUCCGAUCCCUGGGCAACCUCGAUACUGCGGACGGGUUGCUGCGGCGUGCCGCUGAUGUGCUGCAAGCAAGCUGCGAGUCGGAUACUUCUUUACGUGCUGCUCUGUUGAGUGCAAAGGGCCACGUGGCGCGAGAACGUGGAGACCUGGACGAGGCGGCACGGCUGCUCUUCGAAGCAUAUGACAUCUUACAAGAAGCUGGCAGCUUGGAGUCCAUUGAAGCUGCACAGAUCUGCACUCGGAUUGGUCAUGUGAAGCUGCAAAGCAGGGACCUAGAGGCGGCCGAGGCUUUCUUCAACCAGGCUUUACAAGCCCACCAGGCCUGCAACACACUAUCCAGCUACGAUGGCGGCGCGCUGCUGCAGUCUCUUGGGCACAUCCAGCGUGAGCGGCAAGACUUGCCUGGUGCCCUCGUCAGCUAUGAGCAGGCUCACCGGGUUCUUUGCACAAGCGAGCAGCUUGAUUCUCCGCAGCAUGCAGCUUUGUUGGCCAGCAUCGGCCACAUUCGCCGCCUGCAGCUUGACUUUCAAGGAGCCCUGGAGCUUUACUCCGAAUCGCGACAAGUCAUGGAGUCGAUUGGCACUUUCCAGACGGCACACGGUGCUGCUCUUCUAGUGAACGUCGGCCACGUGCUGCGCUCACAGGGUCAGCUGGACGCUGCUCUUGCUACGUACAAGGAAGCUCGCCUAGUGGAAUGGAUACGGAUGCAGUGUUCGUAUCAAUGGCGGCUGAUGGGGCGCUUCGCGACUAGGGCUUCGCGAGCUGGGCAGCUGCGGUUCUUGCGCAGCCAGGUCUCGGCGCCUCGGUCGCGGCGCCCCACCGGGGCCGCAGGUAGUCCGUGGAGGCUGCGCGAGGGGGCCGCUCCAGCAGAAACAUUGCUGCAGCGACUCCGGAACUGGGGACACCAGCACUCCAAAGCCAUUGGCUUUGGUGGGUACGUCCUGCUGACCGUUCAGUGGUGCAUGGAUGACGUAUUGCUGCUGCGUUGCUUUGGGGUGGCAUGCGCUUCAUCCAUGGCGGUGUUCCUGUUCUGCCAACCGGUUCCUUUGAUGGUUCCGGUUCGUUUCAAUCUGUUGUUCAUCGCGAUCAAUGCCUACCACAUAGGCAAGAUCUUAAUGCACCGACGUGACCUCAAGCUAGACGAGGUCGAACAGAUGUUGUGGGAUGCUGGCUUCAGCGAAUUCCUGACCAAGGUCGAGCUACGCGAGUUGCUCGCACAGGGGAAGCGAUACAGUGCAGAGGAGGGCAUGGUCGUUGCGAAGGCCGGCAUGCCUGUGGUGCAGAAAGUCAUCGCACUGGCCAAAGGAGGAAUCGUUCAGAUGCAAGGAGGGAAAGCUAUUGCAAGCAUAGCGCCAGGGGACUUCUGGGGUGAGUUCCAGCUCGUGGAGCGAGCUCGCAACACUGGUGUGAAGCACAAGGUAACGACCGUGUUUUCCAAGAAUUCUAUCGCGGUUGAAUGGGAUGCUGCCGAGCUGAACGAAUACCUUUCCUCCAAGCCAGCUUUGAAGCACAAGCUGCAGGAGCUCUUCGCGGAAGGGCUGAACUGGAAGUUCGAUAGGUUGUUGUGCAGCUGUAACACAGAUGCCGCCGAGCGCGCCUAUGUCGACAUCCUUCGUGGCAUCCUGUGCAGUGAGCACGCCUCCAUAGGAGAGACAGAGAUGGCGUUCCUGAAUCACGUGCGCCAGGUAAACGACAUCCAGCAUGAUUGCCAUCUUGGCGCGCUGGCAGAGCUUGGCUACUCUGAGAAGGAGUUCGCCGAUAUGGUUCGCAAAGGGCAAAGACCUUGGUUCCUCAGGUGGCUCAAACUCGGUCGAAGCCGCAGCUCCCUGAUGCGGUCCCAAGGCUUGCAGCCUGAGCCGAAGUACAAGCGCUUCGAGCCUGCCUUCCUGCCCGUGCAGACGCCCUGGUACUGGCCGGAUCUAAACGUCCAUCUAAGUGGACGUGACGAGUCCCAGUGGUCUGACCCUGCGCACAGGUCUGAGGAAGUGAAGCGACGAGUCUCCAAUCCGAGCUUCGGCAAGCUGAUCGAGGUGGAUGCCUCGACGCUCUUCCGCAGCCUUGACAUUAGUGGUGCGGAACCACCCAUAGUUUGCUUCGAGAUGAAUGGAGAGCAGUGCAGAUGGCAAGACUACUUCGGAAUUCUGAACCUUUUGGAUUUGAGUUUGACCAUCAACUUUGAAGUCCCUUUCCAGGUGUGCUUGGCAACGCUGCACCUGUGUUUGUUCACAGCCUGGUACUCUUUCGGCCGCAAGCUGUUCACGCGAAGGGAGAAUGUCCACUUCAAGGACAUCCAGCUGGCCAUUGAGAUUGCAAGGGCCUCCCCCAUCCGGGACACAGAGGCGACGUCCAAGGAGCGACGCUUGGCCCUUCUCUUCAUGCUGCGGACACAUUUGGUGGAGAUAGAGGUUUGGCGAAGGUGGCUGCAGCCGCAAACUGACACGACAGGCGGCUCCGUCGAUCAGCCUCGUGUUUCUCUGUAUUUUCACGUGACCGACUUGCAGGCCGCAGGAGCAGAAGUUGCGCAAGCACUCCAGGCGCUCCCCGGCACUCGGAAGAUCCUCACUCCGGUGGCGACUGGCUGGUGCGAGCUGAUUGCUGCCGAGGUGGCAUUGCUGCAAGUUGCUUUGCUCGACGAUCCCACCGCCGAAAUGUUUGUUCUGCUGCCACACGAUGCCACACCACUCUGGCCUUUGCGUCACGUUGUGAGUGUGCUGCUCGAUCACGAUCACGAGCCCCUGUCGCGCAUUUGCCCGGCUGGAGUGCGGGACCUCGAGGUGCCACACGGCUGCGCACAUGGCAUUGAGCCGCACUGGGCCAGGUCUCUGUUGCUGAAACACCAUCAAUGGCUGGCAUUGACGAGACGGCAUGCUCUUCGGGUCACCAGUGCUCGAGCUUUAGCAGCCGCGGAUGCAAUCUUCGAGUCCUCUUACCUCGGCGAACCGUUAUGCUCCGAUGAAGUUCUGCCUUUGCUUACCUUGGCACUUGCGGAGGAGCAUCUUCCUGAGAACACGGCCAUAGAGCUGUCGGACUUGGAACUCUACCAGAAGGCUACACACGGUCUUCAGGAAUUCGAGGACGGCUUACGAGAUCUUGGGGCACGAGCCGAAUGCAUAUUGUACGCGCCUUGGCCGGGCUGUGCUGCGGCAGACCAGGCGGACCUCAAGCGAGCAAAGAGUCCCUUGCUUGGGGGAGGCCUGCUGCCGGCAGACCGUGAUGCGCUGCUUCAGUCGCUGGCAGACCAGGGAGUCUUGUUUGCCCGCAAGUUGGGUACAGUUGGUGGGAACGUGACAGCCCACUUGGCAAUGCUCCAAGGCCUCGACUUUGUCAAGAGGCCGCCAAGGGCACCCCACCGCCUUUUCCCAAUCUCUUUAGAGGAGCGGGGCGGCCCAUUGGUGCUGGCAAGAUGGUUCUUGGCCAGCCUGAAGGCUCGAAUACCCCCUGCUGCUAUCGUGGUGAUGUGCGGCUGCAUUGCUGUGUUUUCAGGACAGAUGGUACCGGCCACAGGCAUCAUCACCAAACGGAACUUCACAGUCUUCAUUGGAGUCUAUGCUUUCGCCCACUUUGUGGUGUUCUUCGUGUCAGUUGCGGCUUUCGUCGAGUAUUCCCUGCUGGAGCCGUUGCGAAAGGCGGGGCUGGUUCGCAAAGUCGAGCUCUGA